AUGGCAGACCGCUACUGGGGCAAGUCCCUUCCUUUCGACACCCUGACGGCCGAGACUCUACAGUAUCUCGACCUGCCGCAGGCCAUGAUGGACAUUACAUACUUUGCCAAAAAUGUAUCCUUUGACCUGGGCGGCAACCUCGGCAACAACGAUAACUCUGACAACGCCCCUUGGGUCCUGGUCGGCGGUUCGUACCCCGGCGCGCUGACGGCCUGGAUCCAGCAGAAGGCACCGGGCGUCUUCUUCGCGCACCACGCCAGCUCAGCCGUCGUCGAGACGAUUACGGACUUCUACACCUACUUUGCGCCCGUCAACGAGGCUCUGCCCGCCAACUGCUCUGCCGAUGUCCGCGCCAUCGUGCAGUACGUCGACCACGUCUUGACCUACGGCUCCGACGCCGACAUCCUCGAGCUCAAGAACGGAUUCGGUCUCGGCAUGCUCGACCACCACGACGACUUCGCCGUCCAGGUCUCGACCCCGCUACGCCAAUGGCAGGAGGACGAGUCGUAUGUUCAGGGGUUUUGCGACUACAUCGAGACCUCUGGCGAGACCCACAUUGUCCUUUCCAACCCGAAUGGCGUCGGCCUCGCUACGGCCCUGCCUCUGUACGCGUCCUUUAUCAACCAGACCCGUGGCACUGUCUGCGCCGAAAACGGCGGCACCGCCUGCAACACGUACGUGAAUGCAGAGGAGUUCAACGACCCGUCCGACUUUACCGACAACCGCCAGUGGAACUGGCUGCUGUGCCACAACCCCUUUGGCUGGUGGCAGGUCGGCCCGCCGAAGUCGGACGGCACCAACAUCGUCUCGCAGUACGCCGACGUCAACUUCUUUGCCCGCCAGUGCCCGCUCCUCUUCCCCACCACCAACGGCUACUCCUCGGGCUGGGCCGACGGCUACACGCCGGAGCACCUCGACCUCUACACCGGCGGCUGGGACGCGCCCUUCAACAAGGUCCUGUUUGUCAACGGCGAGGUCGACCCGUGGCGCUCGGCCACCGUCUCAUCCGACUUCCACCCCGGCGGCCGUCUUCAGGGCACGUCGGACGCGCCCAUCUGGGUUGUCCCUGCCGGCAACCACUGCCCGGAGAUGCUGCUCGAGUACUACGAGGGUGCGCCGGACCUGUACAAGGAGAUCUUUGCCACCAUGAAGGCCUGGCUGGCCGAGUGGAAGUAG